GGGCCAGGCCCAAAACAACGAUGCCGCACUUAAGUUGUCAGGGCUGGAUAGAAAACGUGCGUGAGAAAAAAAUCAAACUAACUUCAGAGAUUCGCCGCCGCCACAUUUUUGAGUCAGGUAAAGUUGGGUUGCUCAUCCAAUCACCUUGACUGAGGCGCUGCAAACGAACAUCAUGCACUACUCUACAAUCCUAUACUAUAUAGUGUCGAGAGACUGUUGCGAAAACUCAUAUAAAUACGUUAUUAGCAUAAAUCGUUCUCAACAGUAAGAAAUGAAGCCGCGAACAGGACGGAUCGUUAACAGCAGACACCUCAACUUGCUUUAUGCAUUUCUGCCCCUGAUGAUAGAUGCAGUUUACGGGGCACCUCCGUAUGCAUCACCUUAUGGAAAUGCUUAUGCAACUCAACCCUAUUCCUCGCCAGAAGUGCAAUCAAUAUGGACUGGUGCCCCGAUUGUGGUGAAUGAUAAUCAGUAUGGUGCCCAGGAACAGCAGCAGUAUCCAAAUGUUAACGCUUAUUAUGGAGGGGAACCGAUUAGGCAACCCUAUCCAAAUUGGAGGAGGGAGGAGCUACCAGCGACACGUGCUCCAAAUCACAACUACAACAAUGUGCCAGGAUACUUUUACUACCAACAACAGGAAACUACACCAACGCCUCCUCUUCAGUAUUCCCAAUCCAUUCCGCCUCAACUUCAACCUUAUCCUCGAUUCACUUCCGAGUUGGAUUCCAGCGAUUCGCGUCGCGAGGAGGAGCAAGUGGUCCAAAUAGGAGGCAGUCGCUCUCUGGCCCCAAAUAACUACCAGAAUGUCUACAGCAACGUUGAGAACUUCUAUACACCAGCUCAACCCUGGAGGAGUCCCAAUUUCGAGGCCAAAUAUGCACAGCAUUAUGCCGACUAUUUGCGUAAAUAUCCCAGACGCCUGCAGCCAGUUUACAAUACCCGCGAAGAUGUCGAUAAGAAGUGAAUUUUACUCUGUGUUAUAGUCAAAUUGAAUAAAUCCUCUCGAGAGCCAUUACGCUUUGGUUGAAAGCGUGCCAAGAAAACAAUUGACCAAAAAAUUAAAACAAAAAUCUAA